ACUGUACAUUUCCGGAGGAUUUCAUUGGCCGCCAGCUCUACGAUUACUUUGUAGCAGCGGAUUUCAGCUGGUGCCCGGUACGGUAUAGUAUAGUGCAUCUACGAAUUUACGUUUCUGUCAAUCUCAGCAGGCUAUAAUCCUGGAUGAUCUGAAACUACGGUACUGUCAUUUAGUUUUGUGAGUUUUUUUAUAUUGCGUUUGUAUACGCAUUGGACCGUAUGGAGGGAUGUCGCGAUGAUGGUCUGCUCUAGGAGAACCAAAACUUUGGUGUCGACAUGCGUAAUUUUGAGUGGCAUGACCAAUAUCGUCUGUCUUCUCUACGUCGGCUGGAUCACUAAUUAUGUGGCCAAUGUGAACACCAAAGUCUCAGAGACAGAACCGGAGAGAAAGUUUGAAGAUGACAACAAGGGAGAAACUCUGAAGAUUAUAGAGAGACUGGACCGACUGGAAAAUGUGGUCAACCAACACAUCCAAGAGGUGCCCCAGAAGGGUAGUGAUGAAAAAGUAGUGGAGUCCCUCUCAGACUCCUCCCUGUUUGUCCACUGGGGUCAUGACCUUGGUCCUGAGAGUCGCCGUGUGGCGCUGAAGAAGUUCCAGUACUACGGCUACAACGGUUACCUCAGUGACCGCCUCUCUCUGGCCAGACCCAUCCCCGACCUCAGACCCGAUGGGUGCAGGAACAUGUCGUACCCCACCAAUCUCCCACAAGUAAGUAUCAUAUUUAUCUUUGUGAAUGAGGCCCUGUCGGUCAUCCUACGCUCCAUCCACACAGCCAUGAACAGGACUCCCUCCCACCUCCUCAAGGAGAUCAUCCUGGUCGACGACAACAGCAACAAUGCUGAGCUGAAGGAGAACCUGCAAAACUUUGUGAAGGAAACCAACUCCCAGCGGCCAGACUUCAUCAAGGUGGUCCGCCACGACAAGCAGGAGGGGCUGAUCCGCUCCCGGGUCAGUGGGUGGAGGGCCGCCAGCGCCCCCGUCGUGGCCCUGUUCGAUGCCCACGUGGAGUUCAACAUUGGAUGGGCCGAGCCAAUUCUUCUCAGGAUCAAGGAAGACAGAACGCGCAUCGUCUCGCCGUCGUUUGACAACAUCAAGUAUGACACGUUUGAGAUCGAGGAGUAUCCGCUGUCUGCUCAGGGCUUCGACUGGGAGCUGUGGUGUCGCUACCUAAACCCGCCCAAAGUCUGGUGGACCCAGUACAACCACACCGCCCCUAUCAGGAGCCCAGCUCUUAUUGGCUGUUUUGUGGUGGACAGGAAGUACUUUGAGGAGAUUGGCCUAUUGGAUGAGGGAAUGGAGGUCUAUGGUGGAGAAAAUGUGGAGCUUGGCAUCAGGGUAUGGCAGUGUGGGGGCAGUGUGGAGGUCCUACCUUGUUCUCGGAUAGCCCAUAUCGAGCGUGCUCACAAGCCCUACACUCAAGAUCUGACUGCUCAUGUGCGGCGGAAUGCGCUGAGGGUGGCCGAGGUGUGGAUGGACGAAUACAAGAACCACGUUUACAUGGCCUGGAACAUUCCUCCACAGGACUCAGGGAUUGACAUAGGGGACCUCACGGAGAGGAAGGCUUUGAGGAACAGACUGCAGUGUAAAUCUUUCAGGUGGUUCUUGGCCAACAUCUACUCUGAGAUGAGAACCUACAGUGACACUGUUGCUUAUGGAGUGGUAAAGAACAUGCUGAGGAAUGACCUGUGUCUAGACCAGGGGCCUGACUCGGACAACAUCCCCAUCCUGUACCUCUGUCAUGGGAUGACACCACAGAACGUGUACUACACAAACUCACAUCAGCUUCACCUGGGGGUCCUGAGCCCCACCAUCGACGACGAUGACAACAAGUGCCUGGUGGAUGUGAACAACCGGCCGCGGCUCCUGGAGUGCAGCUACGCCACAGCCAAGCGCAUGAAGCUCGCCUGGCUGUUUACUCAGGGAGGCUCCAUAGAAAACAUGAAUUCCAAACGUUGCCUGGAGCUGGUAGAGAACGGCGAAACGGAGUUUGGCUACCAGCUGGCCAUACAGAAGUGCUCUGGUCAGAAAUGGACAAUCACCAACCUACUGUCAACCUACACUCUCCAAUGAGGGGAUCCUGAGUCCUGCAGGGGAAAGAGCUGCCCAUGGUGAACACUGGACCUGUGACUGACAGACAUGGAAGCUUUGCUUCUUAAAAAAUCUAUUUAUUGAGGCAAUAAUUGAAUUAUGAGUAUGCUGACACUUUUAGUACCUUGAUGUCUCUUAGACUCAAAGACAUCAUUUGAUAAAUGUAAACAAUGUCCUUUGUUAAUAUAUGGGAUUGAACUGGCAGACUUGGGUCUAUAGUGAGACUUCCAUGUUUCAAUGUAUUUUGAGCAGAUUGUCUUUCGUCACACUGAAUUCAGGCUUGCAUUGGCUCUAAUAUACAUUGUAAUUUAUGCUACUGUGUAGCAUGUUUUUGAAAAACCUUUGUUAUUCUUGUUUGGUUUGUUUCUCAGGUUUGUAGAUUGAAUGUUAUUAUGAAAUCAAGUCGGUGGUUUCAAAGAACUGUUGCCAAUAUGUUGGGAGAAUAUACAAGCUAUUUUAUAAGUGUAUACUGGAUAUUUAUAAAAACCUACAGUAAAAAUGCUGAUGACAAUUCAUAUUUUGUGUGGGGGGUUUUCCAUCUCCUGAAUCAUUCCUCAUACUUAAUUUAAAGUCAAUCAAGAUUGUCCAUCUCAGAUUCGUUUUUUGUGAAAACACCUUAAUAUAAAAUCAUACUGUAGGUGAUGACGUCAAAUAGUUUAUUUGAUACCACAUAUAUUUUUCACAACACAUAGAAAUAGUGAGGCUUUAUUUGCAAGGAAUGCCAUUAUUGCCCCCAUACAGUGCAUUCAGAAAGUAUUCAGACCCCUUGACUUUUGGCUAAUUUUGUUACAUUACAGCCUUAUAAAAUGGAUUAAAUAGUUCCCCCCCUCAUCAAUCUACACACAAUAAACCACUAUGACAAAGCAAAAACUUUUUUCUCAAUUUUGGCAAAUUUAUGAAAACAAAAAAUAUGAAAUGUCAUAUUUACAUAAGUAUUCAGACCCUUUACUCAUUACUUUGUUGAAGCACCUUUGGCAGCGAUGUAAAGCCUUGGGUGUAGGGUAUGACAGGCCUAGUGGUUAGAGUGUUGGGUCAGUAACCGAAAGGUUGCUGGAUCAAAUCCCUGAGCUGACAAGGUAAAAAAAUAUAUAAACAUCUGUUGUUCUGCCCCUGAACAAGGCACUUAACCCACUGUUCCCCGGUAGGCCCAUCAUUGUAAAUAAGAAUUUGUUCUUAACUGACUUUCCUAUUUAAAUAAAUGACACUACAAGCUUGGCACAGAUCCUGCAGAUCCUCUCAAGCUCUGUCAGGUUGGAUGGGGAUUGUUGCUUCACAGUUAUUUUCAGGUCUCUCCAGAGAUGUUUACGUUUAAGUCUGGGUUUAAGUCUGGGUUCUGGCUGGGCCACUCAAGGACAUUCAGAGACUUGUCCCAAAGCCACUUCUGCAUUGUCUUGGCUGUUUGCUUAGGGUCAUCCUGUUGGAAGGGGAACCUUCGCCCAAGUCUGAGGUCCUGAGGGCUUUGGAGCAGGUUUUGUACUUUGCUCCGUUCAAGUCUCCCAGUCCCUGCUGCUGAAAAACAUCCCCACAUCAUGAUGCGGUCUCCACCAUGCUUCACCGUAGGGAUGGUGACAGGUUUCCUCCAGAUGUGACACUUGGCAUUCAGGCCAAAGAGUUCAAUCUUGGUUUCAUCAGACCAGAUAAUCUUGUUUCUCAUGGUCUGAGAGUCCUUUAGGUGUCUUUUGGCAAACUCUAAGCCGGCUGUCAUGUGCCUUUUACUGAGAAGUGCCUUCCUUCUGGCCACUACCACAAAGGCCUGAUUGGUGGAGUGCUGCAGGGACGGUUGUUCUUCUGAAAGGUUCUCCAAUCUCCACAGAGGAACUCUGGAGCUCUGUCAUAGAGACCAUUGGAUUCUUGGUCAACACAAGGCCCUUCUCCGCUGAUUGCUCAGUUUGUUUGGGAAGAGUCUUGGUGGUUCCAAACUUGUUCCAUUUAAGAAUAAUGGAGGCCACUGUGUUAUUGGGGACCUUCAAUGCUGCAGAAAUGUGUUGGUACCCUUCCUCAGAUCUUUGCCUUGACACAAUCCUGUCUCGGAGCUCUACAGACAAUUCCAAUGACCUCAUUGCUUGGUUCUUUGCUCUGACGUGCACUGUCAAACGAAAGGUGUGUGCCUUUCCAAAUCCUGUCCAAUCAAUUGACUUUACCACAGGUGGACUCCAAUCAAGUUAUAGAAACAUCUCAAGGAUGAUCAAUGGAAACAGGAUGCACCUGAGCUCAUUUGAGUCUCGUAGCAAAGGAUCUGAAUGCUUAUGUUAAUAAUGUAUUUCUGAUUUUGUUUUUAUACAUUUGCACAACUUUCUAAAAACUUGUUUUUGCUUUGUCAUUAUGGGGUAUUGUGUGUAGAUUGAUCAGGAUUUUAAAAAUACAUUUUAGAAUAAGGCUGUAACGUAACAAAAUGUGGAAAAAGUCAAAGGGUCUGCAUACUUACCUAAUGCACUGUAUAAGCUGAGAGAAAUAAAUGACUUGUUUAUAGCAGCAGCUGGGAAAGGGAGCAUGAUUAAAAGGUCCAGUAAUAGUAGCCUCUGUAUGAUAGAUUUUUUUUUAUUCUAUUGUGUUCUCACUGAAAUAUCCACUUUUGAGCUACUCUAAUUAAAUUGACUUCAAUGCACUGAU